GGAGGUGCGAAUAUCCAGCCGAGUAUGCCAAUAUAAUGAAGGCUGAAACCGAAGCUAUGGCCAGCCUGGCGGAAGAUCGGGGUCCCAAUAUCUGCAGCUGUAGUCGAUUGCGAUCCGAGUGCUGGACAAGACAUUCGAUCACCGCCGAGGACACGAUGACUCGUCUGGCUUUAAAGUACGACACCAGCAUUGGACGCAUCUGCAGGGCGAAUCGAAUGCACAGCCAGGAUGUCCUGCAGGCACGCCGUCACGUUUGGGUGCCCGUACCAAGCAGUCAGUUCCAGAUGGGGUGUCCAGAGAAAUCAAAGUUCGACGAAAGUCCGGAGACACCUACCAGAAAAGUAACGCCGAACUUGCCGUCACAUUUUUAUCGCCAAAGUGAUCCAAAUCCAAAUCCUUUUGCCGACGAUGAUGAUCCCCUGCUGUUCAUCACAGUUAUGAAGGAAGUUCUUCAAUGAGCUCCACGGCACUGCACAUCGAUAACAACUGAAAUAAAUUGUUCGUUUGUAAUUUGGUA